AUGCAGGGUUACCAGUACACCGAUGUAAAGGUGGAGGUGAAGGGGCAGAUUGGAAUCAUCAAGUUCAAUCGACCGAAAUCCUUAAACUCGUUCGGCGGCAAUCUGCUUGUCGAUACCCUGCACGCCGUGAAAGAGCUCGAUGAAAAUCCAGAGACGGUAUUCACCGUUUUGACGGGAGAAGGGCGAUUCUUCUCAGCUGGAGCGGAUGUUCGCGGUUCACGACCGCUGGAUGAUGACCACAGCGAGCUCACAAAAACUCAACUGAAGAUUCUCCAUCUGGAGCGAUUCACACCGAUGAUGGAAUUGAUGAAAGCCCUCAUCGAUCACCAAAAGGUCUUUGUCCUGGCUAUGAACGGUCCCGGUGUCGGUGGCGGCGCGGCCUGGUUCCAAGGCAUUGCCGACAUCAUUCUCGCUUCAGAGAACGCCUACCUCCAAGUCCCCUUCAGCUCACUGGCCCUGGUUCCCGAAGCCGGAUCGGCCACCAACCUCGCACGCCACAUGGGAAUUCACCGAGCCAACGACUUUCUCAUGUUCGGCCGUAAGCUGACAGCCCAGGAGAUGGAGAGCUGGGGCUUGGUGAACCGAUUAUUCCCAGUUGAGGGAUUCCACCAGUCGGUCAUUGAAUUUCUCGAGGCACAACUCGAGACGAAUGACGGUAUCAGUAUGAUAGAGGCCAAGAGACUGCAGAACCUACCUCUCCGGAGUGAGCGCAUUCUAGCUGUGUACAAUGCGACCGAUGCUCUUGCGGAAAGACUGGCCAGCGGAGCCCCGGCGGCUCGAUUCAAGGCGAAAAAAGCCGAACUUGAAGGUACGAAGUAA